CAGCUGUCCCAGCCCUGCUCAGCCACCGGAGCGGAGCAGCAGCGGGAAGGCGUCCGGAGGCAGCUGUCGCAGCCGUGCCGCACGGGGAAGGCUCCCCGCAGCCUGGGGGGUCCCCCCAGCAGCGCCAGCGGCACGGCCGGGCACCCCACCAUGGCCUUCACCAUGCUGCGCCCCGUGGCCGCCCGCGUGCUCUACCCCGACCUCAGCAUUCUCUCGGAAGACGAGGAGAAUAGGAGUGAGAGCGACACGUCGGACCAGUCGUUCGGCUGCUGCGAGGGGGCCGAGGCUCACCGCAAGCUGCCACGCAAACCGGGGCCCAUGGUAAUGGUGAAGCAGAGGCAGGCAGCGAACGCGCGGGAGCGGGACCGGACCCAGAGCGUCAACACAGCUUUCACCGCUCUGCGGACCCUCAUCCCCACUGAGCCAGUGGAUCGGAAGCUGUCCAAGAUCGAGACCCUCCGUCUGGCCUCCAGCUACAUCUCCCACUUGGCCAACGUGCUGCUGCUGGGCGAGGGCUGCGAGGAUGGGCAGCCCUGCUUCAGUGCCAUCUACGGAGCCAAGGGUGACCUAGACAGCAAGCAGCCCCGCAGCAUCUGCACCUUCUGCCUCAGCAACCAGCGGAAAGGGGGCAACCGGAGAGACCUCGGGGGCAACUGCCUGAAGGUGCGGGGGGUGACACCCCUGCGAGUGUCGCGGAGAUGAGCCGGGGUCCGGCAGCACACGCCUGAGACAGCGGCAGAGCCGGCCGGAGCCUGCUCAUGCCAGCCCAGGACCGGAGCGGGGAGGGAGGGGGCUGCCCGCCCCAGGUGGCAGCAGCCGAGCCCAGGACCACAGGCUGGCACCGCACCGACACCGGCCCCGGAGCGGGCAGCGGGGCGGGAGGACGUUCCCAUGGCCAAGGCCACCCGCGCGGGGAUCAGCUGGGGAGAGUGUCCCUGCACCCCAGGGCUGGACUGGAAGCGGCCCGCGUGCGGCUGGCAUCGAGGCACCG